CAAGACCACUCAUCCUACUAUAUUUCCUCCUCCCCUUCAAUCUUGUUUUGCAAGCUCUCAGAGAUGGAGAGGGUGCCAAGCAAAUUAGCUUCUCUUUACGUUUGUAGUGUUGUUGCUGCAUUGCUCUCUCACAACAUGAUGAUCCAUGUCAUGUCAACUGCCGUUGAAGACCAGAAAAACUACUACUCUCCAGAACCACAUCCCCCUAGAGGUGGCCACCAUGGACACACUCCAUCACAUGGUGGCUAUGGGACACCGCCUUCUGGUCACGGUGGAGGGAGCUACGGCCCAACACCAUCACCCCCUUCGGACGGCGGAAGCUACGGCCCAACACCAUCACCCCCUUCGGGAGGCUAUGGAGGCACACCGCCUUCUCAUGGUGGGAGCGGAAGCUACAACCCGACGCCGUCAACCCCUUCCUACAACCCGCCACCGUCAACCCCUUCCUACGACCCGCCACCGUCAACUCCUUACUACAACCCGCCACCGUCAACCCCUUCCUACGACCCGCCACCGUCAACUCCUUACUACAACCCGCCACCGUCAACCCCUUCAGACGGAAAUUGUGGAACUCCCCCACAUCAUGAUGAGACUCCACCAUCAACUCCUGGUGGUUACUACAACUCCCCUCCACCUUAUUCAGGUGGUAGCCCCCCCACACCAGUCACCGUAAGCCCACCAACAACCCCCACCCCACCUUCACCUCCAUUUGUCUUUGAUCCUAAUACACCUGGUACAUGCAAUUACUGGAGGAGUCACCCAGCAGUAAUAUGGGGUCUACUGGGGUGGUGGGGAACUUUGGGGAAUGCAUUCGGCGUGACAAGCGUUCCAGGGUUCGGCUCAAGCGUGAGCUUGCAGCAAGCUCUUUCCAACACACGCACUGACGGGCUCGGCGCACUCUACCGAGAAGGGACAGCUUCAUUGCUCAACUCCAUGGUGAACCAGAGGUUUCCUUUCACAACAAAGCAAGUCCGGGAUAGUUUUGUGUCGGCUCUCGGCUCCAACAGGGCCGCAGCAGCUCAGGCUCAGCUCUUCAAGCUGGCCAACGAGGGCCGAAUCAAGCCGAGACCCUGAAAGCAUUUGGUUCCUCUCAUCAUCAUCAUCAGUUUAUAUUCUAAGAUCUAGCAUUGUGUGUUGUUUUAUUAGGGUUUUGUGUCUUUGUUAAGUAUCUUAUUAUAUCAUAUUAAGAUGGAUACUAUGUUAGCAAUUUCGAUGCUUUAUCUCAUGUUAUUCUUAGUUAUAAAUAAAUUGAUGGUUUAGUUAA